AUGUUGCGUGAGAACCCCGACCCGCACCGGAAGAGCUUGGUGGGGCCCACAUAUAGGGUGACCAUUAUUAUGCUCUUCAUCGGACAGCUUCAGGUAUCGGUGGCCAUGGAGAUCAAGGCUCUAAAGGAAUUUCUGGCGGAACGCUACUACCUCAGUCUGGUCCUGUUUCUGGUCAGCUUCCUGUCCAUCCAGCUUUACGGCUUCUUCUACAACCUUAUCGUAAAGCAACCCAUGUGGAUACGGAUUCUGGCGGGCUUCUGGACGUACGAGGUGAACACCUUGUCGAUCAUGAAGCCCGCCAAACGAGCCCCGUAUGUAAGCCUCAUUCUGUCCUUCUUCCUCACCCUCCUUAUGAUGAUCAUCAGUGUUAUAUACGGCAACAAGGCAGUGCAUCACAGAAGGGGCCUAUAUAUCUCCCGCAGCAAGGUAAUCCUGUGGAGCGAACGGCUAUAUGUGCUCACCUGUUUCGGCAUCAUCGUGUGCGCCGAAAUGAGGAGGGUUACCAUCGAGUUUUCUACCCUGUUUAUAUACACCACAAUGUCAAACGUGUUCGUCAUAAUUUUCGCCGCCUCGAUGCGAAGACCAAACUUUUAUCAUUACGAUUGUAAUGGGGAUUAUAUACUGAUCGGCCAGCUGUACUACCUCAAUUUCUUCGCGCUGUACAUGGGCUAUGUAUAUACGGUGGCAUCGUUUAUCGAGCUGAUGGGCUGGAACGUGACCGUUAAGUCAAUCAUCGAGGACCUAUUUGUCCGGAAAGUCACAGAUUGA